AUGGGCCAGGCGCCGUCGCAGGUCGACCUCGAGACGCGGGUCGAGGACCCGCCGGGCGGGGCGCGGCCGCGCGGGCUCGCGCUGGUCGCGCACGGCCGGCUCGGCGGCACCAUGGACCAGCCCCCCGUGCGCCGCCUCGCCGAGUACCUGCGCGACGCGCGCCGCCUGCGCGUCGUCACCUGGAACGCGCGCGGCGUCGGCGCCAGCGCCGGCGGCAACGAGUGGUCCAGCCCCGCCGUCUGGACCGGCGGCCCCUCCGUCGACGACUACAACAGGCUGCUCCGCGAGUCGAUGGCAAAGUUCCUGCAGGACUUCCCCGACGCCAGCGGGGCCGACCUAUUUAUCUGCGGGGCCCGCGCGGCGCCCGGGGGUUUGCAGGGGUACUCGGCGGGCGCGGUGUUCGCGGGGAGCGCGCGGCCGGCGGCGGAGCUGGGGGCGCGGUUCGCGUGGCCGCGGUACGUGCUGGUGUCGUUCCCGGUGGACCUGCUGCCGGCGAUGGCGCUGGGGCUGACGGGGCGGUACCUCCGGGCGGUCGAGGCGCUCGCGCAGGGCCACGGCUGGGAGGGGCUGCCGCCCGAGUUCGCCGGCUCCGAGCCCGGCGUCGCCGGCGUGCUCACCAACCGCCGCCGCGUCCUCCGCCAGGUCGUCGUCCCCGCCACCGACCACCCCUGGAACGGCACCGCCCACCGCAUCGUCGAGGAGGUCGACAGCUGGCUCGCCGGCACCUAG